GGUGAAUUCAAUGACUUAGAACUUUGCUUAACAUUACCUAUUUAUUUUCCGUUUCUUCUUUACCUGCAUGCUAUAGUGUUCAAACAAACGCCUCACUCACACACAAACAUUGACACAACUAUGUAAAAAUUGUAGAUGAUGGCUCGUGUUAAAGGACAGAGAAAGCCAAUAAAGCACCAGGCUGCUGCUUCUGCUGCUUUUGGGUGGGGUCAGGAGGGGCCUCUGGAUUGGUCGGAUGAGUUCUCAGAGAAGAUUAAUGGUCGUCAUCAGAACACUCCUACAUCUGUUUUCAAGAUCACCAAAAGUAUGUUUGAAUACAUAUGUUCACUUGUUGAAGAAGACAUGAUGGAGAAACCUCCACAUUUGGCAUUCACCAAUGGCCAACCAGUGUCUUUGCAUGAUCAAGUAGCUGUGGCGUUGAGAAGACUUGGAUCCGGCGACUCACUGGUCCUUAUCGGCGGUAUAUUUGGGGUAAGCAACACUAUGGUUUCACAAAUCACCUGGAAAUUUGUGGAAUCCAUGGAAAAUAGAGGGCUCCUCCACCUGAAAUGGCCACCCACUGAGCGCGAACUGAUUGAAAUUAAAUCCAAGUUUGGGAAACUACAAAGCCUCCCUAACUGUUGCGGUGUAGUUGAUGUCACACACAUCAACAUGUGUUUAGCUUCCACAGAGCCUAAUAAAGAUGUGUGGCUUGACCAUGAGAAUAAACAUAGCAUGGUCUUGCAAGCAAUAGUGGAUCCUGAUAUGAGGUUCAGAGACAUAGUCACUGGUUGGCCAGGUCAAAUGAAGGAUUGGAUGGUCUUUGAGGAUUCAACUUUCCACAAACUUUGUGAUGAAGGAGAGAGGUUGAAUGGGAAUAUUAUUCGUCUCCCUGAUGGAUCAGAAAUAAGGGAAUACAUAAUUGGUGAUUCAGGCUAUCCUCUACUUCCAUACCUCAUUGUCCCAUAUAAAGGGGAAGAACAAGAACUCUCAGUUUCACAAGCUAAUUUUAACAGGAGGCAUCUCGAAACGCGGAUGGUGGCGAAGCGGGCACUGGUGAUGCUGAAGGAGAUGUGGGGAAUCAUUCAGGGAACUAUGUGGAGGCCUAACAAACAUAGGUUGUCAAAGGUUAUCCUUGUUUGCUGCAUACUUCACAACAUAGUGAUUGAUAUGGGAGAUAGAGUGCAGAAUGAACAACUAUCUAAUUUGCCUACCAAUCAUGACCCAGGUUACCAUCAACUGAUUUGUGAAGCAGAAGACCCCCAGGGAGUGUUAUUGAGGGAAAAUGUGUCUCGCUACUUGUCUCAAGGGAUGGCUCCAUGAUAUGUUAUUUGUCCAUUGUUAGUGCUUGGUUGCUCAGAGAUUUGAAUUCCUGAAAGUUUUUUUUGGUUCUCAUAAAACAAUUGUUGCUGCUUCUGAUUUAUACUGUCAGUACUUAAAAUGGUACUUUUUGUUGGGUGAACUUUGCAAGUUUAUCAAACUAUGAUUGAGGAUUA